UAUUUUGUUUUAGUCUUCCAUUAAAGAUGUUUUUACUAAAACAGAGCUAGCUUAAGAACUUAUAAUGGCACAUUAAUCUACUUUUUAAGUGUCGGUAUUGUCAGAGAUACUAUCCGUACAAGCUGACUGAGUUUCGAAGGCACUGUAAACAAGAACUAUGGAUAAAGGUCCAUCUGGGUCCAGCGAAAACCUAAAUGUAUUCAGUAAAUCCUGCUGGGACAUAUCACAAAAGGACCCGAAUAAGAUCCUGACGAGUAAUAAAGCCCUGGACAAUCAUUUUGGAGGUGGCAUACCCUUGGGUCACAUUGUAGAACUCAUUGGGAACUCGGGCACCGGCAAGACCCAAAUGUGCUUACAACUGUGUCUGAAUGUACAAAUUCCCAAGGCUGCUGGAGGAUUGGAAGGAAGUGCCUUGUUCAUAGACACCCGACAGGACUUUCAUCCGGACAGAUUGCUAGGUCUAGCUCAGAAACUGGAAAAGCAAUACGAACACAAAGUACCAGAAUUUAAGGCUGUCAAAAUGCUGAAAAAAAUCUUCCAUGUGAGGUGUCCCAAUAUGGUUCAGUUAAUGGCUACCGUUUUCAGUUGUCAAAGGCAUCUCGCAGAUCAUCCAGAUAUUAAACUGAUUGUGAUCGACUCCCUGGCAUUUUCCCUGCGAAUGCUGGAGAAUGGCGCCCAGCGUUACGAGCUGCUCCUGGAACUGCACGAAUGCAUGAGGCGACUGCAACGUCAACACGAAUUGGCCUGGGUCGUCAUCAAUGUGCUCACGCAUCGCUGCUUCAGGAAUCAGUUCCGUGUUGUGCCCGCCCUGGGGGACAUGCAUUCGCACCUGAUCAACGAGCGCAUCUGGUUUUCGGGCAGCUCGCAGCUUCACCUGGGCAAGACGUGGAGAACCAGUAGAUUAAUUAAGGAAUCCAAUUGAGGCUGGUUUCGUUUGCUAUGUUGUCAGGUUCACUUUUACUUUAUGUCGAUUUUAAACAUUAGUUGAAAAUACUUAAAGGCUGUUUACCUUUAGUUUUAUUAUGAUCAAUCCAUUUUACUUUUUCGAUGGCAGUUUUAUUUUAAAUUCCAUGCCUAAUAAUAUAAUGUCUCUUUUUGCAUAAAAAUAAGCUAUGAUGAAGAUAGGGAUAACAUGACCAAAGAUGAAGAGGAGCAUUAGCAUUGGAAAACAGGAUCCUCAAGCACUUGCCAUAAUUCGCAUUGGCACAGAAAACGGAGCCACGAAUAGCGCACACCCAGCCAGCUGUUGGCACUUGCUAAAAGCUCCUCCGGUCACCUCCACUCCACGAGGACCCGAUGCUAUCGAUGGCGCAGUUCCAGAUUGACAGCCGAGCACCGCCUGAUUUAUGCGCGCGGCGCAGGAAUGUGGCAAAGUGUAAAAAGUGUUUACACAUACGAACGGCGACACCCAAACCCAAACCAGACUGCUGCUCUCUAGCUCGCGGGCUUUUGAUUAUGCACAGGGAAAAAUAAGAUCGAUCUUAUGGGAAUAACAAUUUCUUUCAGUGCAUCCUUGAGGUGAACAUGGAGCCCCGGGCAGCAGCUAGUCACGCAUAUGCAGCGACAACUAAUUCAAUUUCCACUUGCCAGAAGGAGGCGGCUGUUUAGCCGAGUGUGCACGCCUAAUUGGUAAUGCGAUCGGCUUUAUUGAGGCGCUGGAGUCGAAGCUUUGGCUCUACCCAUAUAGCUCAGCCCCUGGAUCUGAAUCUGUGGCUGUGGCUGUGACUGGUGCUUGGUGUAUGUGGCCUGUUGCAGUUGGCGGUGCAGUCACAGGCUAUCGCUGUCGCUCAGCGCAAAUCCCAUUACGUGCGAUCCGUUUCGAGCCAUAAACAUGUAACAGCUGCACACCCCACCUCCCAGUCUCCACCGAUACCACCAGAUCCCACCCGAUCCUAGCCGAGUUUCCUGGCUUCCAGCGGCGCAACUUGUCGCUCGAACUUAAUUGCCUCGGCUGCGCUUAUGACUUUCGUGUGCAAUGCAUCCUCAUCCUCAACUGCAUCCACAUCCACAUCUUCGCUCUUACUGUGACUGCUGCAUUAGAAAGUAACUCCAGCCGGCGAAAAGCUAUGGCUAUCAACAUCGGGCUCGCAUCGUCUUCGUCGUCAUCGCUCGCCUGUCGCGGAGUUGCUGGCGCUAUUUUCGACACCGCCUGGCCCGCCAUAAAUUUCCAACUGCCCUGCAAUGCACUCAGGUCUCAAAAUUAGAAAUAGUCUGGCUUAGCUGGGUGCACCGAAAGAAGUUCAAGAUUUUAUCAUGGGAAGAUUUUAAUAUUAGAUUUAAGGCCUUUUAAUAAUAGAAAUAAAGAAAAUGUCUUAAGCGAGUUUCGCUAUGUAUCUUUAUAUUACAAAUACUUAAAUUGA